AUGAAAAUACUCUGUCUCCAUGGCUUCGGGACAAACCCAGGUAUCAUGAAACGCCAGAUGUCGGCACUGAUCAAGCACUGCGACCCUAGAUGGCAAUUUGACUUCCUGGCAGGCAAUGUAGAAUGCCCAGGAGCGCCAGGCGUUGAGGCCUUUCCUGGGCCCUAUCUCUGCUGGAGUUUAGACUAUGGUCCACUCAGCAUCCGAGCAGCCCUUGAUCUAAUUGAUGAAACUUUUCAGAGUGAAGGCCCUUUCGAUGGGGUCUUCGGGUUCUGCCAAGGGGCCGCCAUAAUAGCCGCCUAUCUCCUUGAGCAAGCGGAUUUAUAUCCGGGCAGACCUUUGCCAGUCCGGUUUGGGAUCUUCUGUUGUUCAACGCCAAUCCUCACCGCGGAUCCAGACUAUAUUUACAAUCUAUAUGGCACGCUGUCUGACGAGGAUAUCCGACGCCUCCGCUCAGGCGAGGCUGAUCAAAUAGCUCAACUUCCAGACUCAGUCCGGCCUGCGGCAAUCGUGCUAGUGGAGGGAUUAGCUGCCAUGGCACCCGUCCAUGGUGAUUCACUCUCGUACUUUCUCAAUCGUCCCUUUUCUGAGAUCCCAGGUGUGGUUCUUCCUGAUCAGUAUAAGCCGCGUCUUUCCAUCCCGACGCUCCAUAUUUACGGAAAGGAUGAUCCGGUAUCACUGAAAGAAGCAUGUAUAUUUAACGCGGCUUUUUGCGACCCCAGGUGGCGAAAGCUUUACAGGCAUAGCACCAUCCACAAUAUUCCUCGCUCACCAACGGAUGUGAAGGAAGUGGUAUCGCUCAUGGAGUCGAUGACUUCACAUAGUCAACGAUCGCGGCUAUGA